AUGGCGAAGAAACGCCGAGUCCCUGAAGUUCUAUGGAAGAUCUUCCAUAACCGAGCUAGAACCCUAGCUGAUACUAUCAUCUCACUGCUUCCUUCUAAGCCCUCAUUACCUUCCGAAUGCAUCUGUAAAGGAAAUACAUGUCUCCUCUGCAUUGGACCGGAAGACGCUCUAUCUCUCAUAAUCACUCCAUCCGAUCCCCCUCACUAUCGGUCCCUCUUGAACCGCUGUUUCGUUGUCGUCUCUGAAAAUGCUCCUCCAUUCUCGCUUCUCUGGGCCGGUAGUAUCUUUACCCAACAUGAGUUUGUGAAGAGAACUAUCGAAUCGAUCAUGCUUCAACGACCCACACCACAUAAUGUAUUGUGCGUUGACUACUAUAAGCUAAAACGUUCAAGCCCAAUUGUAGAGAUCCUAUCAAGUUCUGAAUGGCAUCUUCUUUUGAAAAGGGUUGGUGAUAUGAUUAUGUUACAUCUGUUAAAAUUCUCAUCAAUAUUUUUGCCAUUUCCCGAGAGAGGAGGAUAUCAUCAGGUGGCAGGCCUUCCUAUAAGUAAUUUCUGUUUCAAUUUGAAGCAUACAGUGCUGCCUGAAAAGCAACCUCACCCUUGCAAACGAAGGAAAAUAGACGAUGAAGCUGUUUUAAUUACAAAUAAAACGCAAGUUGCCAUCUCUCAAGGAAAUGCAGAAAGGGAAAAGCAAGGAAGUCAGAUGGCAGUAGAGAAGUCUAAAAAGCGUUCUAGGGAACCUAGGUUGCAGAGACGCAAAAGGAAUCGGAAGUUGGACAUUAGAGAAAUCCCUAUACUGUUGUCAUCUUCAAGAGAUAUUAUUGCAGAAAAAAGCUCAAUAUGUCCGGAUAACAAAUUUGAACAUAAACAGACUAAACAGAUGCCAUUACAGUGCCACUGUUGUGCUUUGUUUGAAAACCUUCGGCAAUUGGAUAGUGAGGCUCAGAUUGUUAGGAAAUCCAUGUUCUAUAGCCAGGAAUGUUCCUCAUUUAUCCUUCCUAGAAAAAAUUUACUGAAUUCUUUGAAGGCCAAUUUGUCAGGUGCAAAUAUUCUCUUUAAAGACAUAUUUGGCAUAGCUGAUGCUAAUAUUUGUGCUCCAUCAUGUUCAAGCCCUCCAAAUAUUAAUUGUUGCCACACCAAUUCUAAGUGCAUAUAUCAUUCAGUUACCAAAUUGCUAAAAGCUCUGAUUCGUAGAGCUCACUGUUGCAAACAUGCAAAGCUGUUGGAAAAGCAUUGUUCUAUUACAUCUAUAGAGCAAAAUGUUGGACUUUCAAGUGGCUCCACCUUUCAGUCUCAAGAGAAUAAAUCAGGGAUAGAGUUUAUGGGAAACGUACAUGUGAAACAUCAGAAGAAACCAGUUGAAAAUGUUCCUGGUUUGAAUACUAAAGUUUGUGAUGGAUCCUCAGAAGCUGCUAACUCUCAGUUUGAUUUAAGUCAAGCAUAUUGUUCAAAGAAUCAGGUGGUUUCGUUAAUUUGGGCUGUUUGUAGGAGUAUAGUUCCUGAAGAUAUGCUUGGAUUGCCUUCCAAUUGGAGAAUUUUGAGAAGAAACAUCACCAGAUUUAUUCAUCUCCGAAGAUAUGAAAAGUUCUCUUUAAAGCAGUGCAUGCAUGGGUUGAAGAUAUCUAAGUUUCCAUUUCUCUCGACUAAACACUCUUUCUGCAACAUCAAUAGAACAAACAGCCAAUCACACUAUCAUGUUCAUUCUAUCAAACGUAACGUUUUAGAAAGUUGGAUUUUUUGGCUAUUUUCAAAUUUAGUGAUGCCCUUGGUGCAAGCCAACUUCUAUGUUACAGAACAUGAUCAUGGGAAGCUAGAUGUAUUUUAUUAUCGAUUAUCAGUAUGGGAGAAGUUCAAGACCCAGGCAGUAAGUGACUUGGAAAAUGAGAACUAUUCCCCAAUCACUGACUCAUCGGUUAGGAUGAUUACAAGCAGAAGGGCAUUUGGUUUUUCAAAGAUUAGACUUUGUCCAAAGGGAAAUGGAGUAAGAGUACUUGCUAAUCUUAAAUCAUCAUCAAGGAUUCCUCUUGAGGAGCAUCCUUUGCGAGUUAGUAAGCAGGUGUCUAAUAGGAAAAUGGGUUUGCAUAAACAGGUCAGAUAUAAGUCUUUCAAGCCUGUCAACAUUGUCUUGCGCGAUUUUCAUGCCAUCCUCAAAGGUUUGCAAACUGAAGAACCAGAGAAGUUAGGCUCAUCAGUAUUUGAUUACAAUGAUGUUCACAAAAAGCUAUUUUUGUUCUUAACUGAUUUAAUGAGUAAGUCAGCUACCAAGCCUGAUGUAUUCGUUGUUGUCGCUGACGUAUCUGGAGCUUUUGAUUCCAUUUAUCAGGACAAACUGCUUACUAUAAUGAGGACUGUUCUAUUGGAUGAUGACUAUAUUUUAAAAAGGUUCCAACAAGUUGUGUGUGCAAAAAAAUCUUUAUGGGUACAUCCUAACCUAGUUCUUGUUAAUAGAGACAUGAGUGGAUCGGCUGAAGUCCCAGUUUAUCCAAAUGGUUCAUUCCAGAGUGUACUCAUCAGGCAGGAUUGGAGCAAAAGGAUAUGGGGACAUGAGAUUUCUUCCAUCCUGAAAGAACAUGUGAAUAACAACAUACUCCGUUUCAAUAAAAAGUUCUACAAGCAAAAUAUUGGAAUACCUCAAGGAAGUAUUCUGUCUUCUCUUCUCUGCUCAUUUUAUUAUGGACACAUGGAAAAUAGUAUACUUCUACCAUUCCUCAAAAGUACUGCUAAACACAGCUGUAUAGAUGAACCUCCCUAUGUACGCUCUAAGUAUGUAUUGCUUAGGUUUAUCGAUGACAUCAUAUUUAUAUCCACUUCAAAGAAGCAAGCUACAAACAUGUUCACUAAAUUGCAGAAAGGAUUUCCGGAGUACAACUGUUAUAUGAACAAGCAAAAGUUUGGUAUGAAUUUUGACGUUGAGCAAGUAUCAGGAAAUGAAUCGAAAAGAGUAUAUAAAGGAGAAGAUGGUGUCCCGUUUCUCCGAUGGAGUGGGAUGUUUAUCAACUGUAGUACCCUAGAAGUUCAGGCCGAUUAUACCAGAUAUCUGGAGACUCAUUUGAGUUCAACCCUCACUGUAAACUGGCAAGGUAAACCAGGCAAACAUUUGAAGCGUAAACUACGCGACUACCUUCUUCCGAAGUGCCAUCCUAUUUUCUACGACUCAAAUAUCAACUCAGCGGCUGUCGUUAGACUGAAUAUUUAUCAAGUGUUCUUAUUAUGCGCAAUGAAGUUCCAUUGUUAUGUUCGCGACAUUUCUGGUCUCUGCAAAUUUAAUCCAAAAUCUUAUAUUGACAGUAUUGAAAAGUCCUUGAGGUUUAUGCAUAAAUUGCUUAAGAGGAGGAUGCGCUCAAAGAAACAAGAGUGUAUGAAUCCCAUUCUUCAGAUAAAGAAAAGAGAGGUUGUGUGGCUUGGCUUUGUUGCUUACAUUCGGAUUUUGAAGAGAAAACAAUCUCGGUACAAGGAUUUAUUGUUGUUGCUGAGAAGGAAGUUAUUAGCACAUGAGAAUGCCACAAGUUGUGUCUCCGAAGAUCUCAAGUAUGCCGUCGAUGAUUCUCAUUCAUCGGUUUUUUGGAAUAUCAAAUAUUAGAACCAAGGAUUCUAUGCUGUCUUUUUGUGUACUAAUUAUGUUUGUGUUGGUAUUACAAGGAUGGAUGAUUGGUGUUUUUGAUAUUUGGGAUUGUUUUAGAC